GAUAGUGGUUGGAGGAAAUUACAACUGCAGCUGCCGGCUGGUGGGGACCCAGAAAGGCGUGGGGGCAGGCUACCCGCUGCCACCCGCGCUUCCUCUGCACCUGUUCUGAGCCUCAUACUCUGCUUCCACUGCGGAUGUUGUCGCUUGUGUUUUGUCUGACUCGUAAGCAAACAAGGUGGGUUGUCGCUUCCUCAUUUUCAAGUCCUACUCCUCGUGGGAGCCAGAAAUCUCUUUCAAGCUUCACAUCACAAAGGGCUCCCCAGUGAGCAGUGGGUCUCCGUCCCCCUCUCCAGGGGCCCUUGGAUGGGACCUUGUUCUGGAAAGGAGCCAUGGACCUCUGGCUUUGGUCACUGUACUUCCUGCCAGUGUCUGGUGCUCUGAGAGUCCUUCCAGAAAUAAAGCUGGAAGGAGUGCUGGGAGGAUCCAUUGUCAUCGAGUGCCCACUUCCUGAAACACCUGUGAGGCUAUAUCUAUGCCGGACAAUGGCUUUGUCUGGAACCUGCACCACCGUGGUGUCCAACAAGAAUUUUGUCCUGGAGGAAUUCAAACACCGAGUCACCCUGGAGCUGUGUCCAGACAGGAAACUGUUCCUGGUGGAGGUGACAGAGCUGACCGAGAGAGACAGCGGGGUCUACGCCUGUGGGGUGGGCAUGAACACAAAUCGGGGCAAGACCCAGCAGGUCACUCUGACUGUUCACAGCGAUUACAGGCCAUUCUGGGAAGCAGAUCCGAUGCCGGAGCCUCCAGCAUGGUUUAAUAGGUUUCUCCAAAUGCAUAUGCCUCCUCCUUGGUUCAAGACGCCUGCAUAUGCCAGCCCUUUCGAAUUCAUACCCAAAGAAACCUCACCAUCUCAAAGGACCAAGGCCCCUCCAGAACACCACACCUCCCCCACCACCUCAGUCACCCACCACCCUCAAGUUUCCAAGGCAUCUUCGGUAGCAACGGCCGAGCCCACAACCCUCCUGCCACCCACCACAGCCUUAAAAACCUCAGCCCGGGAAACAGUGCUCAGGCCCCAGACGGCCAGCUACAACCAUCAAACCCGGCUUCACAGGCAGAGAGCCUUCAACCAACGCCUAGGUCCGGUGUCCAGGAUGCGAGAGCAAGGAUUCCACGUCCUGAUCCCUGCCGCCCUGGGUUUCAUCCUGCUGGCACUUCUGGUGCUGCUGGCGAGAAGGGUCUUUCAAAGGAGGAAAGCUCUCUCCAGGCGGGUCCGCCGACUGGCGGUGAGGAUGCGCGCCCUGGAAGCCUCCCAGCGGCCACGCAUAUUGCAGAGAGCGCGCACCCAAAAUAAUGUCUACAGUGCCUGCCCUCGGCGCCCUCGGGGGGCGGACGCUGCUGGUGGUCAGCAGGCAGGUCAAGGGGCGGCACCUCCACCAGGCUCCGCUGCGCUGGCGACCUCGGCCCCGCCGCAGGUGACUGAAACUCCCUGGCUCCAUGCCCCGUCUCUGAGGAUCGGCUGUGAAUAUGUGAGAUUUUACCACCAGCCUGAUGCCGAGAUGGGGGACACCGAUUCUGAUGACUAUGUCAAUGUUCCCUGCCGGACCCUCCGCUCCAGCUGUCCCCCUGGGCCCAGACCUUGGUGCCAAUGAAUCUUGUCUGUCUGCUGGUUUCCAGCACCUGCUCCAUCUGUUUUCCCAGCCCUCACUACCUCCCACAUCCCACCUCAAGUUUCCAUCUGUUUGCCUUGAGGCAUAGCUCAGUCCCCCCUCCCCCAGAUCUUCUCAAACAUCUUUGCAGCCCCCUGUGGGUUUCAGGCGGGCUCUGGGAGCACAGAGCACAUGUCCUGAUGCCUCCUGCUUCCUUUCCAAGUCACACAGGUUGUGGGAUUUGCAGAGUGUCUUUUUUUUUUUUUUUGUCUUUUCGCCUUUUCUAGGGCCACUCUGUCGGCAUAUGGAGGUUCCCAGGCUAGGGGUCUACUCAGAGCUAUAGCCACCGGCCUACGCCGGAGCCAUGGCAACACGGGAUCCAAGCCGCGUCUGCGACCUACACCACAGCUCAUGGCAACGCCAGGUCCUUAACCCACUGAGCAAGGGCAGGGAUCAAACCCGCAACCUCAUGGUUCCUAGUCGGAUUCGUUAACCACUGCGCCACGACGGGAACUCCUUUUUUUUUUUUUUUUGUAUGUAUCUUUGACCCCAGGGUCUUUACUGCCCUGGCUCUAGACCCCAUGGCGUGGAAGCUGGAGCUGUUGCUUUGAAAGCCCUUCUCAGGCUGGAGCUUCACACCAAUUGAAGGUGCCUGGACUGCUUUGUGAGGACAUGCUUCAGCCUUGAGCUUGGAAGGGGACUUGUUAUGAAACACCCCUGACUUUGCCCUGACCUUAGGGCUGGCGCUUACUAGUGAGCUUCUAUUCAUCCUAAGUCCGAUGGCCAGGGCAGUUUACCUUGAUGUGAUGAAGGGCUAUAAAUUUUCAGAACCGUG